AUGAAAAAGAUUAAAGAGUGCCGCGGAGAUGGGAUUCCGGUGGAUAUGAUCAGCGAUUUGCCGGAUUCAAUACUUUGCCAUAUCCUUUCCUUUCUUCCAACACAUCUGCUUGUGCCAACCAGCCUCUUAUCUAGGAGGUGGAGGUUCCUGUGGACUAAGGUGAAAACCCUUGAUUUUUUUAUUAGUUUUCCCAGUUCACGUUUUCUCAAGAGACAUAACAUGAAUUAUGUUGAUUUCGUUAACAAAGUUGUACUUCAACUGGAUCCUGCGGGACGCUUAGACAAGUUUGCUUUCGGUUGGGGGAUUCUAUUCGAGGAAUCCCGAGUAGAUUACGUUAAUAAGUGGAUAUGUUAUGCAAUUGGUCGAAGUGUUCGAAUUCUUAAUGUUACACUCAUGGAUUCUUCAAAUUCAAGUACUGAUGAUCCGAUUCGCCCAUCUUGUGCCCCUUUCACCAGUUGGAUACUAGAAUUUCUCAUGUUACAAGGGUACUAUAUCAUGCUCAAGGUCCCUUAUUUGGUUCAUCUUCCGAAAUUAUUAGAGUUGCGUCUGUUUUAUGUGGCAUAUGAAUCAGAUCACUCUGUUUCUCAAGUUUUAUCCGGUUGCCCACUACUCCAUACUCUCCAAAUCCACCACGAUGUUUGCAAGGAUAAUGUGCUCAUUGAUAGAAUUUCUUGUCCUUCACCGAAGCAUCUCACCAUAGCUACAGAAGGGCUUCGCCGCGGGAUUGAUAUAACAUUGGAAAUUGAUAGGACAUUGGAAAUAGAUGCACCCGGGCUUGAAUCUCUCGAGCUGUAUGAUUGCCGAUGGUGGAAGGACUACUCUGUAAAGAUGCCAACAUCUUUGAGGAUAGCGAAGCUCUCUUUGGAUGUGGAGCUUGAUGAACUAGUUGAAACUGUGAAGCAUGUGAAGUGUUUGGAAUUGGGAGGAGUUUUUAUGGAAGCUCUGCGCGGUGGCGACAAUAACCCCGUCGUCAAGUUUGAAAGAUUAACCGAGUUAGAGUUGACAUUUAGAUGUCGUUAUGGUCAGUGGAACUCAGUGAUCAAUGUGAUGCUUGAGUGCUCAAUCAAAUUGAAAGUCCUAAAAAUUACAAUGGCAUUUGCUGGAAAUAAUUAUACGGAUCCCGAGUAUUGUUGGAAGGACCCUAAGAACGUUCCUAAAUGCUUAUCAUCCAGUAUUGAAGAGAUAUCAUUUAUUGGUUUCAAAGGACUGGAAGAUGAUGAUAUGGAAAUGAUAAGCUAUAUUCUCGAGCACGGUGAAGUGAUGAGAAGACUUAAACUCAAGUCCUUUGGUAAAUGCGCCGAGAAUAAGUUUCAAAUGAUAAAGAAGAUUUCAAUGUUUCCUAGAUCUUCCUGA